AUGUCCAUUGCUCCAAUAGUUCAUGUGGCUCUCUUGCCAAGCGCUGGCAUGGGCCAUCUUACACCAUUUCUAAGGCUAGCUGCGUUGCUUGUUCACCACCAUUGCCAAGUCACUCUCAUCAUUCCUCACCCAACAGUCUCUAAAGCUGAAUCAGAACUCCUCUCUCGGUUCCACUCUUCAUUCCCUCAGGUCAACCAAGUCCAGUUUCAUCUUCUUCCUUCUGAUUCUUCCACUUCCAACACCUCCACUGACCCUUUUUUCCUUCGUUUUGCAGCCAUUCGUAGCUCUUGUCACCUUCUCUCUCCUCUCCUUGCUUCGGUUUCACCACCCUUGUCUGCUUUUGUCUAUGACAUGACCCUGAUUUCCCCUGUUCUUCCAAUUGCUAACACCCUUGGUGUCCCUCACUAUAUCUUAUUCACUUCUUCAGCUACCAUGUUCUCCUUCUUCUCCUACUUCCCUACUCUAGCUGCAUCUGCAUCCUUUCCUGAUGUUGAUGUUGUUGAGAUUCCAGGGGUUUCAGCCAUGCCCAGAUCAUCAAUCCCUCCGCUGCUUUUCAUCCCCUACAGUAUCUAUUGUAACCUUUUCAUGGAAGAUAGUCCUAAGCUUGCAAACUUACAUGGGGUUUUGAUCAAUACGUUUGAAGGACUAGAAGCACAGUCUCUGGAGGCUCUUAAUGGAGGAAAAGUGGUCAAAGAAUUGCCCCCAGUUUAUGCAGUUGGUCCUUUUGUGCCUUGUGAGUUUGAGAAGGAAGACCAAAGGGGAGAACCAUUGAAGUGGCUUGAUGAUCAGCCUAGUGGUUCUGUGGUGUAUGUUAGCUUUGGAAGUAGAACAGCUAUGGGAAGGGACCAAAUAAGAGAGAUAGGAUAUGGGUUGGUGAGAAGUGGAUACAGGUUUUUGUGGGUUGUGAAGGAUAAGAAACUUGAUAAGGAAGAAGAAGAAGGGUUAGAUGGGGUGCUUGGGGCUGAGCUUGAGGAGAGGAUAAAAGAGAAGGGAAUUGUAGUGAAAGAAUGGGUUGACCAAAGGGAGAUUCUUGGUCACAAAGCUGUGGGAGGGUUUGUGAGUCAUUGUGGGUGGAACUCGUUGAUAGAAGCUGCAUGGCAUGGUGUUCCUAUCAUGGGGUGGCCUCAGAUUGGAGAUCAGAAGAUAAAUGCUGAAGCGGUGUCAAAGAGAGGGUGGGGUAUGUGGAAGAAGGACUGGGGUUGGGAAGGAGAACGUGUGGUGAAAGGGGAGGAAAUUGGAGAGGCUAUAAAAGAGAUAAUGAAUAAUGAAUCUCUUAUGAUCAAAGCAGCAGAAGUUAAAGAGGAUGCAAAACUAGCCAUUAGUAAAGGUGGAGGAUAUGAGGUUGCUAUUCAGACACUAAUUGAAGAGUGGAGGAAGAAUGUUAAGAACAUCUGA